CGCCCGGUGCCGCGGGGCUUGUGCAAGGCCGGCGCCGCCGAGGCGAGCCGCCGCCCGGGAGCGGAACAAAGAGCCCCGGGCCGGGCCGGGCCGGUCCCGCCGGAGGGGCAGCGCCCCGCGGGGCACCACCGGGUAGAGAGGGUCGCAACCGCACGGGCCAUGCAGCUGCCGGGAGGGGAGGAGCGGCCGGCGGCGCCCCGAAGGGGGCAGCGCUCGGAGGGAGCGGGGGGGAGGUCUGGCAGCGCCGGCAGCCCCCGAGCGGGGCAGGGGCGCGGCGGGGCCGUGCCCGGGGUCGGCUGCCGCGCCGCUCGCCCAGGAGGGGCUUGAGCGCGCUUCAUGCGAGAAGGAGCCUCUCCCCGGCGAGCGGCGGGGAGCGGCCGCUCGCCCGCCCUCCGGUGCCCGGCGUUGCCUGAAGAGCCGCAGCAGCACCGGGGAGUGACUCGGCGGGGGGAGGAGAAGAGGAGGAAAAGAAAUCAGAUUGCCGAAAGGAUUAGGAAGGGGGGUGGGGAGGCGAAGCUCUCUCCCCCCCUUCCCCCCCCCCGCCCCCCCCCGCCCCGCACACACUUGUGAAGCUUUUCAGAGUUAUCCUUCAGCAUCAGUGGCACCGGCAGGCGAGCCCGGGGGAGCAGCAACACCGAAACGUGCUCGGCAAACUGCAAGAGAGAUCAGAGGGAGCGGAGCGGCCGGGAGCGGCCCGGGCCGGCGGACCCUGCCCCGGACCCUGCGCGCAUCCGCGGGGGACCGUACUUCCCGUCUGCGAUAUUUUAUAUAUGAUUCUUUUUUUUUUUCAAUUUUCCCCGCUCCUCUCGCUUUCUCGAGGAAGGACGGGAUCCGUAGCAUUGCAGGCGGGCGUGCUGCCGGGCCGCCUGCCCCGGGCGUGCGAGGUGGGGCGAGAGGGAGGGAGAGAUGCCUGUGAUUAGAGGGAAAGUCGUGCUUAUUCUCGGCUUCGUCUUUCUGACAACUUUCCUGGCUGCGGUGAGAGGGCUGCCCAUGAGGAAACAGCGCAGCAACAGCCCCAAGGAGAGGAGCUCCAAGCUGGCGGAGGUCUCUGCCUCGUCCGACCACCGCUCGGCAGGGUACGAGGAGCUGCCGCCAUCAGGCAAGGCACGGGGGCUGAGGCGGAGCGGGCAGGCUGGUCCGCGGCGGCACAGGCGCCGUGGGGUGGCUCAGCAGGCUGCCAGGAGCCCAGCAGUGCCCCAACUCAACAGCGAGGAGGAGAGCCUGCCCUUCGUGCUGGACCUGCAGAGCUUGCCGGGGCUGGCCAACGUGGACCUGAAUGCCCAGAACCCCAACAUCCAGGUGACCAUCGAAGUAGUGGAUGAUCCUCAGGCUGAGAUGGAGAUGGACCUGUUGAAGGAGACAAGCAAUGACUGGUCCCUGACAUCCUCUGAGUGGUUGUCCCACAAGGACCUCUUUUGGCCCCUCUUCUGGGAAUACACCGACCCCACUGAGGAGGAGGAGGAGGAAGAGGAGGAGGAGGAUGAUGGCAACCUGGAUGUAGGGGACAGGGAGGAGGAAGAGGAGGAGGAGGAGGAGGAGGAGGAAGAUUACACAGCAGAGUAUGAGGAGGAGGAGUCCAUGCUCAGUGGAGUGGGAGGUGACUGGGACCAGCAGUGGCCUGGGCAGAAGAACUGGAUCUUUAAGGAAAAAUAUAAUUAUGACUAUGAAGAUGAGGAGGAGUGGAGCCCAUGGUCCCCUUGCAGCAUCACCUGUGGCAGUGGCAACCAGAAGAGGACCCGGUCCUGUGGCUACGCCUGCACAGCAACGGAGUCGAGGACCUGCGACCUGCCGCACUGCCCUGGAGCAGAGGGGGAAAUGGUGUUCCCCACAGAGGAGACGUCUUUCAAAAGCGAUAACACCACAGAGCUGUUCAACUCAGAGGUGGACAGCUGUGAGAAGUGGCUGAACUGCAAAAGUGACUUCCUCACCAAGUACCUGAGCAAGGUGCUGACGGACCUGCCUAGCUGCCCCUGCUCCUACCCACUUGAGGCUGUCUACAGUGCCGUCAACCUGCGGGAUGAGCGGCAGGGCAAGAACUUCCGAUGGCGGGACGCCAGCGGCCCUAAGGAGCGCCUGGACAUCUACAAGCCAACGGCACGCUUCUGCCUGCGCUCCAUGCUCUCCCUCGACAGCACCACGCUGGCUGCCCAGCACUGCUGCUACGAUGAGCACACCCGCCUCAUCACCCGCGGCAAGGGGGCUGGCGUCCCCAACCUCAUCAGCACCGAGUUCUCCCCGGAGCUGCACUACAAGGUGGACAUGCUGCCCUGGAUCCUCUGCAAGGGCGACUGGAGCCGCUACCACGCCGUCCGGCCCCCCAACAAUGGGCGACGCUGUGCUGACAACCCCGCUGAGGAGGAGUACCUCUCCCAGCUGCAAGAGGCCAAGGAGUACUAGCCACAGCCAUGCUCAGAGGAGCCAUGGCCACUGCUGGCUCCCACCCUGGCCCAGCCUGGCAAAGCCCUGGCCCUGCUCAUGGGCUCCUUGCUGGCGCUGGGCAAAGUGGGGAGGAUGCACCAUCCGUCUCGGCCCCUCACAGGGGUGCCUCGGCCCCCCUUCAGAUUUCUGAGGGCACCGGAGGUUAUCGUGGUGCAAUCCCUGCCAUGCCGCCUGGGGUGGUCCUGCAUCCCGGGGUGCCUGGGCUGGCGCACAGGGAGCUGCAGGGGAUGGGAGGUGUAAAGGGAACGGGGGGCUGCUCCCGCCCGCUUUAUUCUCUAUGAUCUUUCAAUGCGACCUGAAAGCUGAGCGUCUGCGGGGUGAAACGGCCUCAGCUCCUGCUGGCUUCACGCCGCAUCCGAGGAGCUGGCCUGCUGCAGGCAGAGCUGCCUGCUCUUGCCUGUACGCCUGCCCUGGCACACACUGGUCUACUUCUGAAACUGGGGGUGGGUCCUCCUAGGGAGGGGCAGGGCUGUCCCAGCCAUAUGUACAGAGUGGGGUCUCCCCUCUCCUCAGGUUUUUGCAUGCGCGGUUGGGAAGGAGCAAGGAGACGCUUAGCAGGGUUCUGGGGGGUGGGGAUGGACAGGAGGAGACUGGCUGCCUGGGCUCCCUUGGCAAGUUGGCCUUGCCACUGCGGUUUUGGCUGUGAAAGGGAACGCUGGGUGCCAAAGCCAGACACAGGUGGACCUCAGAGGAGGUGAGCGCAGGAGGGACACCACCUGUGUGCAUUUCAGCCCUUCCCCCUCAGUGCUUGGGGGACCGGGGUGGCAGCACCCAUGCAAGUCCCACCACCAGCCCGCCUCUGUGCCUUGGCUCCCCAGCAGCCCUGCAGUGGGUUUCAGUGCUCAGGAGCACCCAUGACAUGGCCCAGCAGAAAGUGCUGCAUUUCCCACCCACAGCCCUGCCGGGGGCAGGAGGCAGCACGGCCACUGCUUGUGCCAUUGCUGGAGAGGAGCAGAAAGCACUGAGCUGAGUUCUCCAUGGACAUAGGAACAAGUCAGGCACUGCUGGGAGCACCCAGCGUUGCCCCUCUCUGGUCUGCUGCUGGCCUCAAGCCCUGCUCCAUGCUGUCUGCUCAGGUCCCCAGUGAGAGGCAGCCUGGAGAAAGCAAGUCAUGGGUGCACCUUGUUCCCCUCAGGCUCGUUGCCUGGCCAGGAGAGCAAGCGUGGCUCCAAAGGAGGAAGAGACACACACAUGCUAAUAAUGUCAAUACCUGCUGUCUGCAGAUCAUGGUGCUCUCCGUUGGCGCUUUGGUUUUGCCUGGGUUUUAUUCAGCUUUUCAGAGGUCCAUGGCAGUUUCUCCCAGCAUAUUUUGGGAGCUCCCAGGUUUCCUGCAGAGAAACUAGGCUCAGCAUCUUUCUCCCUGGACGUUUGGUCACUGAACCUGGCAGAAACUGUUCAUAGUUUUUAUUUAGCAAAUUUUAUGCAUCAGAGGAAAUAAAAGAGCAAGUCAAGCACAUGUAAAGAAGAAUGGAGUCAUUUCUAGACUAGAGGUUUCACCCACUACUGUUGGCUACUCCAUGUUUUUCUGCAGGACACUGUUGGACAAAAAAAUCUGUCUGGGUGCAGAGGUCCCUGGUUGACUGUCCUGUGUUAGGUCUGUUCUUCUUGCAGGAGCUUUCUCCAGGGCCAGUGAAUAUCCACAGUUUGAUAGCUCUUUGGGGAGUCUUUCUGUGAGUUCUGACAUAUGUUGUGUAUGUUGAUCCUUUUGCCUUGGUUACUGAUAUAAUAUUGCAUCCUUGGUCAUCAGUACCUAAGACUUCAUUGCUGGUAAAACAGAAGUAUUAAUGGAGUUAUUGCUGAAUUAUUCGUAUUUAACUAUUAUUCCACACUCAUCUUCCCAGACUCCAGUUAUGGGUGCUAUCAAAACAUAGGUAGACACCAUCCAUUUCCCAACAGGCGUGCAGUCUGAGAUGUGUUACAUAAAGGGUGAGAAGGAAGACACAACCAAAUAAGCAUGGAUGGAGACCCAGACACUGGUAAAUAUUCAUGACCAUUACAUGCUCCCUGGCCCAAAUAGCCAUUUGCUCACUACUAGCUGGUAAAGAGGUAGGUCAUAAAGAGGUGGUCAGGAGGGGGUGGCAGUGGUCUGGUGGCUUGGUACUGGGAGCCUAGGACAUGUGCAGGGAGGCUCAGCAACGGACAUGGAGGUGUUCAUUCGGGAAGCAGACAAACUGAGCGGCUGAGGCCGUGGAAGGAUGAGCUUAUUAUCUUCUGUCAUGUGGCAGAGCAUCUUCAUAUUGCCUUCCCCAUAUCAUAUGUCAUCAUUAACAUCAGCAGACUCUCAGAGGAGCUUAUUUACCAUCAGUACAGACUUCUUUAAGACAACCUCCUGUUAAAUGUGCCUAGGGUCCAGUAUUGGACCCACACAUGGAAGCAGGACCUCUGCAAACAGCCUUUCUUGAAGGAGACUUUCAAUACCUCAGCCAAUUUGUCUGUUAGACUGGCUGCUCUCUGAGGAAGUACUCUUAUAAUAAGGACUGUUACCCAGGAUUUGCACCCUCCUCCUCUUCAUGCUGGGUAUGUCGACCAGUCUAACCCCCCAGAAAGAAACUAUAAUUUGUGUAAUAAAUGGAGUUUGCAUACAAGGGCAAGUAGAAAAAUUUCUUGCGUUGAUCCCCCCCCCGCCAAAAGCCGGUUGAAAGCCGAGUGGCUGUUCUGCCUCACUGCCGCUAUGGUUUGGAUGAUACAGGCAUGAAAUGGAGCAUGAGAAAGAAGAAGCAGUGCUGUUCCUCACACAAGCACCUUAUACACCGGGAGGCUUUGCAGGGCACCAUGAGAAAAGCAGACAUUAAACAAGCGUUUAUUUUUAUAUCCCAUCAAAGAUUCUGUCCAGCCCACUGCUAUUUAAGUGAUGAAUCUCUAAGUUUCCACUCCUUAAGUUUAUUGUGUUUUUUAUAUAUAAUAUAUAUAAAAUGUCUUUUAUUCCUACAAAAUUUCAUAGAGAAGAAUUCUUUAUUCUGAUGCUGCA